AUGGUGGACAGGGUGACGAAGCUGGCAUCGCAGCGCGUGGUGGUGAUCUUCGGUGUGAGCAACCGCUUCAUGUGCCAUGUGGUGAAGACGCUCUUCACGGAGCUGGGCGUGAGCUGGACGGUGCACAAACUGGCAAAGGACCCCUGGGGGAAGGACGUCGAGAGGGCGCUUGCUGGCAUGGUCAUGACACUGCACCUUGGCGGCCAGCUUGUGCCGCUCCUCAGCCAGGCUGGUGCCCUCUGGCUCUGA